GUGAAAAUUCUGGUGAACGUUACGGAGGACACGAAGAACGUGACAUUGCACUCGGUCGACCUGAAAAUCGACACCAGUUUCACGAAUAUUAAGGAGUACUUGGCCAGCAGUAACCGAACAGAUAAGGCCCUGCGAAUCGUUGAGCAGACGAGCGACAUCGAACGCCAGUUCUAUGUGAUUAGAACCACGGACACGUUAAGGAAGGGCAGCCAAUACGUGGUGUAUCUGAAGUUCUCCGGUGUUUUGAACGACUACAUGCAGGGCUUCUAUAAAAGCUCGUACACGACGGUCGACGGUCAAACGAGAUGGAUCGCCACAACGCAAUUCCAACCGACGGAUGCGCGACGCGCUUUUCCCUGCUUCGAUGAGCCUGCGUUGAAAGCCAAGUUCCAAAUCAGCAUCGCACGGCCGGAGAAUAUGACAUCUAUCUCAAACAUGCCUAGAAAAGGGGAGCCCAUGCCAGUGCCUGGCCUGCCGACGUACUUGUGGGACCAUUACGAACGAUCGGUGCCGAUGUCCACGUAUCUGGUCGCCUUCAUCGUUUCGGACUUCAAGAUGUUGAAAUCCGAGUCCGGGAAUUUUAGAGUCUGGGCACGAAGCGAGGCCAUCGAACAGGCGCGUUACACACUGGAUAUCGGCCCAAGGAUACUCAAAUACUACGAGGAUUACUUCAAGAUCAAAUUCCCGUUACCUAAAAUGGACAGCGUAGCUCUUCCCGAUUUCUCGGCUGGGGCCAUGGAAAACUGGGGCUUGAUUACCUGCAGGGAGACAGCUAUGCUGUAUCAAGAAGGAGUUUCGACUAGCAGUAACAAACAACGAGUAGCUACCGUGAUAGCUCACGAACUUGCUCAUCAGUGGUUCGGUAACUUGGUAACUCCAGUUUGGUGGUCAGACCUUUGGUUGAACGAAGGGUUCGCCAGUUAUGUAGAAAACAUCGGUAUGAAUGCAGUGGAACCAACGUGGAAAGUCCUGGAACAAUUUGUUGUGCAUGAAUUGCAAACUGUUUUUGGCUUGGAUGCUUUAGAAUCCUCGCAUCAGAUUUCAGUGGAAGUCGAGCAUCCUGAUGAAAUCAGUGAGAUAUUCGAUAGGAUUUCUUACAACAAAGGCGCUUCCAUAAUAAGAAUGAUGGAUCAUUUCCUCACCACUGACGUGUUUAAACAAGGCUUGACCAAUUAUCUGAAUGCAAAGGCGUACCAAAACGCGGAGCAAAACGAUCUUUGGGAUAUGUUGACAAAACAGGCGCACAAAGACAAAGUUCUUGACUCUUCGAUGACGAUAAAGGAGAUUAUGGACACUUGGACCUUACAAACCGGUUUCCCAGUGGUGACGGUUUCCAGAAAUUAUAAGAACGGCGGUGUAACGUUAAAUCAGGAACGUUUCAUGCUUCGCAAUGGUACCAUAACGACCAUGUCUGCUUCUGAACCACUUUGGUGGAUACCGAUCACCUACACUACUGAAAGUCAGCUAGAUUUCAAUACGACGCGGCCGUCUCAGUGGAUGAAAGCCGUAAAGUCAAUCACGCUCGAUUUGAAUCUGAAACGCGCGGAAUGGCUCAUUUUAAAUAUUCAAGAAACUGGUUACUAUAGAGUGAAUUACGACAAGAUGAACUGGCAGAUGAUAAUCAGGCAAUUGAAAAGCGAAUCCUUCAAGGAUAUAUCGACGAUCAAUCGGGCUCAGUUGAUAGACGACGCGCUGAACUUGGCCAGGGCUGGAAGAUUGGAUUAUGCUACCGCGUUAGACGUCACAUCGUACUUGGGACACGAGACUGAAUACUUGCCGUGGAAGGCCGCUCUCACUGCCAUGCACUAUCUGGAUGAUAUGUUGAUCAAAAUGCCUAGCUACGAUAAAUAUCGAGUAUACAUUUUGAAGUUGCUGGACAACGUAUACAAGCAAGUAGGGUUCAUAGAUAAUCCUGGCGAUCCUCAACUGACAGUUUUCACCCGCAUAGACGUGUUAAGCUGGGCAUGCAGUUUGGGUCACGAGGAUUGCGUGAAAAACGCAGUAAAACAAUUCUACAACUGGCGUAACACGCCCAAUCCAAACAAAAAUAAUCCAAUCUCGCCGAAUUUGAAAAUGGUCGUCUAUUGUACGGCGAUUCGAGUCGGUGGACAGGCAGAGUGGGACUUCGCUUGGAGGCAAUAUCAGGAGACAAAUGUCGGUUCCGAGAAAGAUCUUCUUCUGCAUGCCCUUGGUUGUACACGGGAGUUGUGGCUGUUGAAUCGUUACUUGGAUUGGACCAUUACCGAGAAUUCCGGGAUCAGAAAACAGGAUGCCAGUCGUGUUCUCAAUUCUAUUGUCAGCAACCCGAUCGGGCAGCCCCUCGCGUUUAGUUUCCUCAGAAACAAAUGGGACCGCCUUUGGGACUACAAAACUAACUUGUACAAAAUAUUAUUAAAAUUGUUACUCGAUUUCACCAAGGAGCACAUAGGAAAGUUUGGAACGGCAACGAGAUCGGUGCAGCAGGCCAUAGAACAAGCUGAGGCGAACAUACGAUGGCUGGACGCCAGCCACGACACAAUCCAAGAUUGGUUGAAAAAGAACAGAACGGCGUAACGGUGGCACAAUGUCACAUUCAUGAAGAUGGCUCGAAUUGUCCCGGGUUGAAUAUUGAAACACCCCUCGUUCGAUAAAUCGCGUUCCCGUUCUAAUCGUAUACGUAGAUCGCACAAAACUGCGUCCUGUAUUCGUCAAACAAGGUAUUAACCGUUUUUGUAUGUUUUUGUAAAUACUCGUUGAGCAUUAAACGUACACCUGUGUAUGUACAAUGGAACGUUUACAUGCGUAUUAUUUAGAUAGUAUAGGGUAAUGAGUGUUCAAACUUUUUGAAAGACGAGUUGAGACAGGAAUCUCGAAUCCUCAGCGCGACAAACUGGCUCUGAAAUUAUCAUUUCUUCAAUUACACUGUGUAAGAUUACAGACUUUUAUCAACACGUCAAGCGGGUCGUUAUAGGCGGGUCAAUUUAUAUGCGCACAAACCACCUCGUUUUUGUAAUCUCUAUUUAAACACUUAAUGUGUUAAUGUUCUCGGUAUGCGUUACACUUAAAUAAUUCGCUCUUGCAGUUUGUAAGAUCAAUCUUUUCAUGUGCAUUCUUUUACUCAUAUCGCGGACGUCCUUUGCGUGCUUUAUAUGUAUGUUUGUAUAAGCACCUCGUUAUAUCUUUUCAUUAUUGAAGUCCCUGUUUAUAAAACAGGAUUGUUUGCGAAAAAUUGGAAUUAAAAUGCGAAGUUGUAUAAUAAAUAUUGUAUUUCGUUUCUUGAAUAAAAUAAAAUCUUUUACA